AUGCCCUUCAAAUAUCCUAGUAUGCUUCUCGCACGACGUAUCCGUAUACAAACAUGUCUAACUCGGUCCGGUUCCUUGCGUUCUACACUUUGUCGUCCUAUCCUCCGAAAGCUCUUGUCCACAAAUGAUCACCCUCUUCCAUCUGACCCCUCGCGGUCUACUUCUGGUGCUCAAGGGCUACCCGACACUCCGGAAUUGAGCAUCUUGCGCGAAGGAAAAUCUAUAGGCCCAACCCCUCGACCUAUCCAACCAUUCUAUCCACUUCAUCCGCUCCCGUCCUUCGACAGCCCUGACGAUCCCUCACUCUCAGAGAUCCUCGAAAACUAUGAGUUAGAACGAUAUGGGAAGGGAUUGUACAAGAGAGGAUGGGGAGUAAUAAGGAGAGAUGACCACACAGAGAGUAUGACACGAAAGGGUGAAGCGGAAGACGUGCCGAGGGCGGCGAGAGGCGUGGCGUUGGUGAAAACCUUUUGGUUUCGCAUUGACGCGGAUCGUAGAGAAGGCAGGAUUGAGACGAGUGGCAAGGCCGAGCCUCAGUGCGCUGGGUUAGAAGGAGAGCAAUCUCUUUCGAGAGGCAUGAACGCGUUCUGGGAGAGAUUUAUGGAUUCGAAAUGGAUUGGGCACCACUCACAACUCGCUGAGAUUGUAUCGCCCUCGCCCUCUAUUUUAUCAUUGCGCCUCUCCUCCCUAACAUCACGUCGCCCAUCGCCUCUCACGCUCCCCCAUCCCGCCUCCUCUCAGUCCUUCACCUAUACUUCCUCAACACAUGCUGCAUCUUCAACUGACCCGUCUUCAAUCACUUCGCAUUCCACUCGGAACUUACCGCUCAAGAGGCCUAUGCCGAUUGCCGUCCUGACAUAUCGAGAGCUCGUAACGGCAUACGUCGCCGAGGAGAUUUUUGAGGAAUAUCUACGCCGAGAGACGAGUAUAGAUACUGGCACGAACAGCGAUAGUAUACACGACUCGCUCUCGAAUGCAUCGAGAAAGGAUACCCCUUCGGGUGAUAUGGUUCCACCAACGAACCACGUUCGACCGUCUUCGAUCGCAUCCACCGUAACAUCAGCCUCGCCACCUUCGGAUCCCGUCGUUUCCACGCAUUCACCACCUUCCGCCGCAUCCACGCCCUUAGCUACCGGAUCCACGGUCGCCUCAUCUUCCUCUCCUCCACAUACCGCAUCAUCAACCACGUCCCAACCUCAGUCCAAUUCCGAACGCAAAUACACUCCGCCCAACCAUGCAAUCUGGCUCGGAAACCCAAAGCAGCGCCAGCAUCCCUAUCAAGAGCGUCCUUAUUCUGUCGACAAUCUAGUGAGCUUUACGGGAUGCGUGGAGAUUGCCCCGAAGGUUUGGCGGAUUACGGACGAACUCAAAUCCUACCUUCGUCGCAGCCGCUUCAUCCUCAAAACACGCUUUCGACCCCGUUCAUCGCACAUUGUCGAACGACUACGACCUGACCUCAGUUCUUCUGAAUCUGCGGAUGCGGAUGGGGACUCAGACCAACGACGACGGAGAAAGGCCCAGAAACAGCGAGAUUUCAGGGCAGCGAAGAAUUGGGAAAUAUUGGAGGAGAGAAGGAGAAUGCAAGAGACGAAUGAAGUUCAUAAUUUCGGUCUUGUGCAUAGCGUUGAUAGUCGGAAUGGGCCGGCAGGAGAGACAGAGGGUCAGGAUGGUGGGAGAGGCAGGAGAGAUGUCAGACGCGUUAGAAGCGAUGGGAGCAGGAGAGAUUUGAGCGGCGUGGAUAAUGGAUUCGGAGGAAUGAUGGGCUUCGUGAAGGCCGCUAAGGAAAUGGUUGCGACUAAAGAAAAGACAGGCGAGGAGACGCCCGGGACGGAUGGUCAAUCGCCUCGUCAAAUGUAUGAGAAGGAUGAGAAGGUUUGAUCGUGCGGCACCACUGGUACAGGCGUAGGCGAUAUAGAGAUGAUUACAGAUGUUGGUUACGCAGCAAUGGAAUAUCGGUAUGGUCUAGUUUUUUGUUAUCGUUCGUGAUAAAACAGUAGACUCCAAGCUAUUUGACCUUCAAACACUCGCACUUCGUACACAUGUCUAUCACCGCUCUACACGCCUACUAAGUAGUCUUCCUUAUGAGCCUCACUCAAACAUGUUCC